UGUUAAAGUUGGAGGAUGCUUAGUGUGAAGUGAAGAGAAUGUAGCAGAAAGAGAGAGAGAGAGAGAAACGACUCAACGAGUCUUUGAGGUGGGAAGUGUUGGUUUUUGCCAUCAAGGGAAUCAAGGAAUCUGUUGCGGGAUUUGGGAAGAAGAAGGUGAAAGUGCUGUUGGGUUUUCCUUGGGUUUCUUCUUUUGCAUGAGCUAAGGGACCAGCUUCUGGGAAACGGCUUUGAUUGAGAAUUGGACAUGAGUAUGCUGGUGGGGACAUGCUCGAGCCAAGGGAAGCUGAUAUACCUGCCCUUUUUCUGUUCUUGAUUGUAUUUCCUCUGGUUACCUACAUUUUACUUGGAAAAUGGAGUGAGGUCACAAAGAAGAAAAAGAGAGUAAGUUUGCUUGCUCAACUGGCUGCUGAAGAAGCUUUUAAAGCAGAAGCAAUGGCUGCUGCCAGUGUUAUGCCUCUUGUGUCUUCUUCAAAGAGUGGAAAUCAUGAAUGCGCCAGAUGCUUUGGUCCAGCAACAACCCGCUGCUCCAGAUGCAAGUCUGUUAGAUAUUGUUCUGGGAAGUGCCAAAUAAUUCACUGGAGGCAAGUUCAUAAGGAAGAGUGCCAGCAAUUAGAAACCCACAGCUCCAUUACAUCUCUUAAGGCUGCUGCAAUUGAAGAAUCUGUUCAUGAGAGGGUCUCAGUUAAUGACAGCAUGAACUCACAGUUCUAUGGUUCUGGUAUCAAGCAGACUGUGCUGGAGAAAGCUUCAGGUAAUAUAAUUAAUCCUUCAUUCAGCACUGGCGUGCCUGCCACCAAUGCUUGUUCCAGCAUUGAUACAUCUCAAAUUACCAUGAUGGAGAGAAGAACUGGAGACAAGUGGGUUUCCCGAAAAUCCAGCAGAGAAAUUCUGAAGAAAGAGGAUGUAGCCAUAUGUGGUUCUACUGAAGAGGUCUCUACUAGUAGCAAUACCAGCAUAACCUCUUCUGACGAUAUUUCAUUAAAGGAGGCAUACACAAGACAAAAGUUAGGAAACUGUGACUCUGUUGUAUCAGAAGAGGAAAUGUAUAAAAAAUAUAAUUUUAGUGCUCCUACUGCAUUUGCUCGUGGACAUACCUCCAGUUCAAUGCAUGAACGUCAUAAGUUGCAAAAUCAAAAUGGAAAUGUAUUUGAACCAAGAAGCAACUAUGGCAUCUCAAGUUCCUGUUCAGAAAAAAAUGGCACUAAUGGAUGUGAAAUUGAAAGGGACCAUAUUUCUUGUGGAGGAAAUUUACAUAGAGAGGGAAUAACUGCUAAUGAUGAAACAGGGGAGCCAAACUGUUCCCCUGGAAUAACCUCAAUCAAAAGAAGUGGUAAAUCCAAGACUGCAUUGCACACAUUAGGAACUAAAACAACCAAAUCACCAAAAGCAUCAAUGAAACUAUCGAGAGAAGAAACAUGCUCAGAAAUAGAGAGAAAGGGUCAAACUGCAGAAGCAACUAGAAUGAGUGAUUCUACUCCCAUCCUUGUGCCAGGAAACAAUGAGGUUACAAGCAUGGGAUUUAUGAAGAUGAUGGGUCUAAGGAAGCCUCUAAAACCCCCCAAGCAGGAUGCCUCAGAAGAAAGCAGUGAUAUACAUAAGAAAAUAAAGAUGCUAUUUCCUUAUGAAGAAUUUGUAAGAUUCUUUCAGUGCGAAGUUUUCAACAUAUCACCUAGGGGCCUUUUGAAUUGCGGGAACAGUUGCUACGCUAAUGCUGUUUUGCAGUGUUUAACCUGCACAAAGCCUCUCAUCAUUUAUUUGCUUCAGAGAUCACAUUCAAGAACUUGUUGUGUGACAAAUUGGUGCCUUAUGUGUGAACUUGAGAAACAUGUAAUGAUGUUGAGAGAGAGUGGAGGCCCUCUUUCUCCAAGUAGAAUCCUUUCGCAUAUGAGGAGUAUUAAUUGCCAGAUUGGUGAUGGAAGUCAGGAAGAUGCACAUGAAUUUUUAAGGCUUCUAGUAACAUCAAUGCAAUCUAUAUGCUUGGAGAAACUGGGUGGUGAAAGGGAAGUUGAUGCCAGACUGCAAGAAACAACCUUUAUACAACAUACUUUUGGUGGGAGGCUUAGAUCCAAGGUCAAGUGCCUGCGAUGUCAUCUCGAGUCAGAAAGAUAUGAAAACAUAAUGGAUCUUACCUUGGAGAUAUUUGGGUGGGUUGAGUCAUUGGAAGAUGCACUCACUCAAUUUACAACUCCUGAGGAUUUGGAUGGAGAAAAUAUGUAUCGAUGUAGAAGGUGUACUACAUAUGUUCGAGCAAGAAAGCAGCUGAGCAUACAUGAAGCUCCCAACAUCCUGACAAUUGUCUUGAAGAGAUUUCAGGAGGGAAGAUAUGGAAAGAUAAACAAGUGUAUUACUUUCCCUGACAUGCUAGAUAUGAUCCCAUUCAUGACUGGGACAUAUGAUGUUCCUCCACUUUACAUGCUGUAUGCUGUUGUUGUGCAUAUGGAUACACUAAAUGCAUCCUUUUCUGGACAUUACGUGGCGUAUGUGAAAGAUUUGCAAGGCAAUUGGUUCAGGGUAGAUGAUGCUGAGGUUCAGCCAGUGUCAAUGAAUCAGGUGAUGUCAGAAGGAGCGUAUAUCUUAUUUUAUAUGAGGUCUUGGCCCCGGCCUCCAAGAGCUUUUCCUAUUAAAGCUAUCCAGCAGCAAGCUCCAGCCUCUGCAAAGCACUGCUCUUCCAAGACACAUAAAUCCUCAAGGAGCAAACCCAGAGGUGACUUUGUUGGCCGAGAGCCAUCAAACCCCAAACGAGAGGUUGCACCAGGCUUUAGCAGCGCCACCUCUAAUGGAAUUCUUAGGAAUGGCCGGAAUGGGAACAGGACUUAUGUUGAGCCAAUCAGCCAGGAGUUCUCAGAUGCUCCAUCUAGUGAUUGGUCCCUUUUUACAAGCUCUGAUGAGGCAUCUUUUACCACUGAGAGUACUAGAGAUUCUUUCAGUACUGUAGAUUAUGCUGAAACAUGCAAUGUAGAUCCUAUCUCCUCAAUCUUCAAUACCUCAUAUAUGCCAGAAUACGCCUCAGGCAAUGCUGUCUCCUGUAGAAUGUUGUCAAAUGGUAAGCUGGAGACAAGGUAUGUGCAGGAGAAGAAGGGGUAUGUUUUGGACUCAUAUUUGCCAACCCAACCUGAUAAAACAUGGAAAGGAGAGAAUUUGAAACAGGUCAGUGUUUCAACCGAAUUCCCUUCUGAUUGCAACUGUGGCAUGUCUGUAAAAUAUGGGAGUAACCCAAAAGAUACUUUUGUUAGAACAUCUGGUUGUUGUAAACUCUAAUUGAUGGGUAGUCAAACUAAGUAGAUAACUUAGUAGGUACAAGCCAUGCCUCAAUUUUUUCCCUUUCAAUGCUAAGUUGAAUGGGGCAUGUGCAUCUUAUAUUAACACCCAAAGAAAUGGAUAUUCUUAAUUCUCUUUUGAAAUUACUGUAACAACUGUAAAGUGGCAGAUCUUCCUUCCUGGAGUCCAUUUAUAUCUAUGGAAGGUAUUUCCUGACGGAAAAUGCAUGUUUCAAAUUU